AUGUCAACAGAUAUGUCUGUCGGCACUAGAUUCUUAAGUGACAUUGGGUCUUUGUUGGAUACACAUGUUUAUGGUCUGCCCAAAUGGAUAAGCAGACGCAAGCAACAAAAGUUGCUGCGGCUGUCCAACGAUGUAUAUAGCGUUUACGAAUCAUCUAAAGAUUUAAAACAAACUAACGCAUUUUUAAAGGUAGUUAAGAUACUCUUAAGUAAUUUGGAAAGGAAGAUAUAUUCCCCUAAUGCCGCAUAUUAUCUAAUAAAAACAUUCCACUUUUUACACAUAUACAUUAAACACCUACCCAGACUGGCAGUGCAAUUGAUAACAGAGGGAAAGGUGUUAUUUUUUACCAAAUUAGUUUCCCAAUUGAAUGUGUUUUUGGCGCAAUUUACAUGUGAUUCUGAAGUCAAUCCGUUUCUAUUUCUGGAUAAAUUCGGCGAAAGUUCCAAAUAUUCGCCACUUAGUGAUUGUGGAAUAAUCGCUUGUAUCAUCUGUGAAUAUUUGAAAUUGUGUAACACUAUAAUCAAAGAAUUAUUAUAUUGUAAAUUAGGCAGCGAUGUCUCUUUUGCCCAAUCUGACAACAAAAUUUAUACGAAAUUUGUAAACGCCUUUGCAAGAGUUGCGCAUUUAAAAUUCUUAAUAUCAUCUUAUAAUUUAAGUGAAUUUUACCAUGAUAAAGAACAUCCGCAAACAAAAGUUGUGUACAAAAAUGAAAUGUAUUGUAAAUGUGUAAUAAAGAUAACAUCAACAACUUUAUUUCCCCCUCCUCCCGCGUAUGAACUCAGAAUUAUGUUGCUAGAAUUUUUAGAUUGUGCAAUUAAACUUGCAGGGUGGGAUAGCACUUUGAAGAAUAAAUGUGUUUGUAUUAUAAAAACUCCAGUGUGUAAGGUUAAUAAUGGGCAAAUCAAGAUGUGUAACAAAGAUGCAAUACAAACUAGGGUCAACUUGAACUUUAAAAGUAACUUAACCCAACUAAUUAUAUUGGUCAUUUCGCUAAUUGAUGCAGAUGCACUUACAAUUAAUUGCAAUUCACUGCGGUAUUUUUAUGGUCAAUACUACCUAUCACUACCCUCUACGAUCAGUGAACAAGAUGGUACUGUCAGUACCUUAUCUUUGGGAUCUAGGUUAAGCAUUGACCCAAAAUUAGCAGCACUUGUCGUAUAUAGAAUUCAAUCAAUCGCAUUAGACAUACUAUCGCAGUUAGGCCAAAUACCUAUACAUUUUAUUAGUAACAAAUUGUGUGAUAGACUUAUAAAUCUGACAUGGUAUUAUGCUGUUUCUUUUACAAAGCAAAUCAAUUUUCCAGAAUCAAAUAUUGAGUUCAACAGUUGUUGCGGUGGAGCUGAUGAUGGAUUAAAAUGUACAUAUAUCGAUAGAUACGAUAUUGUAUCUUCAAUGAAAUUGAUUGCCCAAUCUCUGGAUGAUCUUACGAUAAAUAACCCUCACGCAACCAAACCUAACUUGAUUCAUCUGGAUUUGAUUGCAACUAAGAUAGAUAAUAAAUGUGCUUCACUACAGGAUCGUGUUGAAUUUUCAGUCGAUAAGGGCUAUUGGAUUAUAAAUAACAAUAUAUGUAAUAAUUACAUAUCCCCACAUAUCCAUGUAAAAAGUGGCACAGAAAUUACAUACACAAAUCAGCAUGUUGCGACUUGCAAAUGCAAUAUAUUCUGCUUGUACAAUAAGCACAUCUAUAACGAUAUUUCAUGGAUAUGUAGUAAUAGAAUAUCAAUGCCUUGUAAACACAGAAAAAAAUUGAUAGUUAAGGCAUUGGAGAUUAUAUUACAAAGUAAGAGAAAUGGUGGAAAGAAUACGCAAUUAUUUAGUGGCUUUAAUAUCACAAGACAAAUAACUAAUCGCAGUAGACACUUACUAAAAUCACUGAUAAGCACCCACAAUGGGUUGGAUGUGAAUGUAGAUUCAACACCGGAUGAUCAGGCACUAAUUAUUUACUCAAAGGCUCUAGCACAAGUACUAUAG